UCUUAGCUCUUCUCUUUCUCUAAGAGCCGAAAAACUCAAACCCCUUUUCUCUUUUUCAUAUUUGUUCAGUGAAUUUCCGGUGAAAAAUCCAAUUUGAUUCAUGUAUUUAUUCUAAAAAGGAGUGAAAACAGCAAAAAUUAGCCAAGUUUUCUUGAAAAAGGUUUGAUUUUGAUACUUUUAUGUAGAAAAUAGAAAAGGGGUUUAAUGGGUGAAGCUACAAUGGAUAGAAUGGAGGAAAAUUUGGGUCCACAGUUAAUUGUGUCGGAUCCGUGCAUGGGUACAUCGUCGUCGUUGUAUCAUCGGAAGAUUGAGUUUCAUUUGGCGAGGAAGCCGUUUAAUGGGUUUAUCAGUGGGAAAAAUAAUAGUGGGUUUCAGCUAGAAACACUAAACCCGAAUUCUGAGACCCGGAAAGAAAAUGGGUCACUUGUCGGCGCCGGAAAAAAGGGUGGCGGUGAUGCGGUGAUGGAAAGUAAUGGGAUGGAUCCGGAAGUGAGCUUUGGAAUUGCUUUCAGAAAGAUUAUGAGAAUUGGAGCCGGCUUGCAAAAUCUUGGGAAUACCUGCUUCCUCAAUUCAGUAUUACAGUGUCUUACAUACACUGAGCCAUUAGCAGCAUACUUGGAAAGUGGGAAACAUCAAAAUUCCUGUCGUAUGGCUGGUUUUUGUGCUUUAUGCGCCAUCCAAAAACACGUGAGUCGUGCUUUGCAGGCAACUGGGAAAAUACUGGCGCCCAAGGAUCUUGUGUCAAACUUGCGAUGCAUAUCACGGAAUUUUCGAAAUGCUAGACAGGAGGAUGCACAUGAAUACAUGGUGAAUCUACUUGAGUCAAUGCAUAAAUGUUGCUUACCUUCAGGAGUGCCUAGUGAAUCCCCCAGUGCUUAUGAGAAAAGUUUGGUUCAUAAGAUAUUUGGUGGGCGUCUUCGCAGUCAGGUGCAGUGCAUGCAGUGUAAAUUUUGCUCUGACAAGUUUGAUCCAUUUCUGGAUUUAAGUCUAGAAAUUUUAAGGGCAGAUUCACUCCACAAAGCACUUGACCAUUUCACUGCCAGAGAGCUAUUAGAUGGUGGUCAGAGGCAGUAUCAAUGUCAGCAGUGCAAACAGAAAGUGAAGGCUACUAAACGGCUAACGAUUGACCAGGCACCUCAUGUCCUAACCAUCCACUUGAAGCGAUUUGGUUCACAUGUCCCGGGGCAAAAGAUCGAUAAAAAGAUUCACUAUGGGCCUACUUUAGACUUAAAACAUUUUGUCUCCGAUACCUAUGGUGGUGAAUUGAAGUACACACUCUAUGGUGUGCUGGUUCAUGCAGGUUGGAGCACCCAUUCUGGUCAUUAUUAUUGCUUUGUUCGUACUUCAAGUGGAAAUUGGUACUCCCUUGAUGACAAUCAGGUGGUUCAAGUAAGUGAGAGAAAGGUGUUGGAACAGAAGGCAUACAUGUUGUUCUAUGUUCGGGAUAAGAAAUCUCCUGUGCCUAAGAAGCUGGUAGAUGUUGCCCGCAAUGAUAAUGUGAUCACUAAUGGCAUAGGAAAUAAAAUAUAUUCUAAUCACAGCCAGAGAUUUAAGGAUACUGCUCAAAAUGGAUUUCAUGUGAAGAAUGAGGAUUCCUUAUCUGGUACAAAAGAUCAAAGGGAGACGUUAAGUGCCGAAGUUUCAAAGGGAACUUCAACAAAGGUUCUGGCACCCUCAAAGGUUAAUGGUGCAGUAGUUAGUGGGUUCUCUUCUCACGGAGGGGCUAUACAGCUAGAAAAUUUGUCGAAAGUACAAGAAACAGGUGACAGAGUAAAGGACCCUUCUGUUGUAGACGCAAGGGAUGGACCAUCCUUCCUUAAAGCUAAGCCUGCUGUACCAGUCUCCAAUGGAAUUCAUAGACUUUAUAACAAGGGUGAAACAAGAUGCGGGGACUCUACCCCACUACCUAAUGGCAAUGUAACCAUCAAAGAGUUGACUUGCUCUGCUGCAAUACCAUUUCACUGUAGCAGCGUAAGUAAUGACAAAGAUCCAAGUGCUCCUGACAAACUGUUGAACAAAGACAAACAAGAGGAAUGCAAGGCAAACACCAACUCUCGAGUGGUAAAAGACAUCUCCUAUGGCAGUUUAGGUGGUUCAGAUGUUGAAGUUAAUAAUGAUGUUGGACAGAGAAAAGCAGGUGCUGAAUCGGCCGGAGUAGUGAGCCAACCAACUAUGACUAGCUCAACAGAAAAGGUAGCUACUGUCAAGGCAUGCUUGAAGACCAAAAAGAAGUCUUUCAAGAGUCGUGUCUCCAAGAUGCAUCUCAGUUUUAUGAUCUUAGAUCCAGCCUUGGGACUGAAAAGGAAGAAAAAACUCAAACGAAUGAAACAUAAAAUUGGAAAGAGGAAGCGUAGCAAUCCAAGUUCCGUGGAUGAGAGUAAUUCUGAUCUUGGGCCAUCUACAUCCAAAUUGUCCCAUACUUUGAUAUCUUCUUCAACGCAUUCUCAAAGAAAGAAGUCAAAAUUUGGUUCCACUGAGAAAGUUUCCAGUUUAGAUACGAAAACUGCUGGACGCAAUGGGGAUCUCCUGAGGAAUACAAUUGAUGAUGCGAGAGUUGUGAACAACGGCACUGUAUUAGCAAAUGACAAACAACCACAAAAAAGUUCUAGCUUGGCAUCAGUAGGAAAUCAAGGUGUUGACAAUAGACAGUCUACCGAUUCUAAAGAGACUAAAGUAGUUGCAACACAGAAAGGUCUGUUGAAUAUGCUUACCAGAGGUUUGGAGUCAAGCGUUGCUCGUUGGGAUGGUGUGGAAGUUUGUUUCUUGAAUGGCGUAGAAGCACAGAAUGGAAAUUGUGGCUCCAUUGGGUACAUCGGGGAUGAGUGGGAUGAGGAAUAUGACGCAGGUAAGAGAAGGAAGAUUAGGAGCUCCAAAAUUGAAUUUGGUGGACCAAACCUUUUCCAAGAAAUUGCAAGCAAAAAGACCAAGGUAAAGAAAGCGAGGCUUGAGCGCUCUAGCUCUGCAAACCAGCCAUUCAGGAUAUUAUAAUGAACCUGCACGAACAUAUUUUGACUUAACCUAUCAAGAAGCACAACCCGACGAAUUCCACAUGCACCGAGAUGGCAACGGUUUGCAUUCCCAGCUUGGUCCAGAUUUGGCUUUGGCUGUAAGCCUACCAUUGAAGGCUUGAUCAAGUAAUGUGUAUCUUUUUUGUAGCCAGUGAUUUACCUCAGUUUUGGUUUUGUGAGGUCUUGAGAAAGAUGUAAUGUUUGUGGACAUUGGAUCAUAUGACUCAUCAAAUGAAUAACAUGUGUUUGAAAAUGUUUGUUUCA